UCUGGUACAAACCCAUUUUACUAUUAUUAUAGUUCUCAAGCAUUCAGUUCAAAAUACUACAGCCUGAAUAUUUGACCAUUGGAGCAAAGAGUUCCUUGCAAUUGUUGUCUCCAUUGCUGAAAUGGAAAGAAGGGUUGCAAUUAUUGGGGCAGGAACAAGUGGCCUUAUUGCCUGCAAAUACGUACCUUUUAGAGUUUGGAUUUAAUCCAAUUAUCUUUGAAGUUGAUAAUGGUGUUGGAGGACUACGGAGACAUACCAUGGAAUCCACGAAACUCCAAAACACUAAACCAACGUACCAGUUUAUAGAUUUUCCAUGGCCUUCUUCAGUUAAAGAACAUAAUCCAAGUCACAACCAAGUGCUAGAUUAUCUUAACUCCUAUGCUGAACAUUUUCCCCUCAUUCCUUACAUUAGGUUCAACUCCAAUGUCAUCGAUAUAGAUUAUGCUGGAGAGUCUAGUGAAGAAAUGAAAUCAUGGGAAUUGUGGGGUGGUAAUGGCAGGCCCUUCUGCUCCAAGGGAACUUGGCAUAUUGCUAUGCAAGAUACCAAGAAUUUAUCCAUAGAGAGAUCGGGAAUUUCUAAACUUGUUGAAACUAUUCUAAAAUGGAAGCUGUCAUUAAAGAAGUAUGGAUUGGUACCCAAUCACAGCUUUCUUCAAGAUCUCUUCACAUGUCUGCUUGGAGUGUUUCCUGAUAACUUCUUUGACAAACUAAAAGAAGGAUCCAUUCUUAUGAAGAAAUCACAAAGCUUUAGCUUAUGUAGAGAAGGUGUAAUCAUUGAUGGAGAAAGCCCCUAGAGACAGAUAUAGUAAUUUUUGCCACUGGAUACAAAGGUGACCAAAAAAUAAAAAACAUAUUCAAAUCUCCAAUCUUCCAAAAUUACAUCAUUAGACCAGCAACCUCAACAGUUUCUCUCUACAAGUUAGUGUGUGAUAGGUUUGCCCCAUUUUCUUCUGCAACCUGUUAAAAAGAUUGUGGACGAAAAAUG